GCGGCCUCGGCAGAGCGCGCCACUCCUUCGUCGAGGCAGGACGUGUGCCCUAGCCUGCAGAGCCGAGGCCAGCAGGAGCAGUGCCCAGCCAAGGCCAGCCGUGCCCAGUGGACCCAAGACCCGGGCAUCCUCUGCCUUAUCUCCGCUUCGCGGGUCCGCACAGCAGUCCCCGCCUGGUCGGGAACCUCGGGCGCCGCCGGCGGAUCGCUCUUGCUGCAGAGCCAACAUGCCCAUCACUCGGAUGCGCAUGAGACCGUGGCUAGAGAUGCAGAUUAAUUCCAACCAAAUUCCGGGGCUGAUCUGGAUUAAUAAAGAGGAGAUGAUCUUCCAGAUCCCAUGGAAGCAUGCUGCAAAACAUGGCUGGGACAUCAACAAGGAUGCCUGUUUGUUCCGGAGCUGGGCCAUCCACACAGGCCGAUACAAAGCUGGAGAAAAGGAACCAGAUCCUAAGACAUGGAAGGCAAACUUCCGCUGUGCCAUGAACUCCUUGCCAGACAUCGAGGAGGUGAAGGACCAGAGCAGGAACAAGGGCAGCUCGGCUGUGCGGGUAUACCGGAUGCUUCCACCCCUGACCAAGAACCAGAGAAAAGAGAGAAAGUCCAAGUCCAGCCGAGACACUAAGAGCAAGGCCAAAAGAAAGUCAUGUGGGGACUCCAGCCCUGACACCUUCUCUGAUGGACUCAGCAGCUCCACUCUGCCUGAUGACCACAGCAGCUAUACAGCUCAGGGAUAUGUGGGGCAGGACCUGGAGUUGGAGCAGGCACUUACUCCAGCACCAUCACCAUGUGUUGUCAGUAGCACUCUUCCUGAUUGGCACAUCCCGGUGGAAAUUGUGCCGGACAGCACCAGUGACCUCUACAACUUCCAGGUGUCACCCAUGCCCUCCACCUCUGAAGCUGCAACAGACGAGGAUGAGGAAGGGAAAUUACCUGAGGACAUCAUGAAGCUCUUGGAGCAAUCUGAUUGGCAGCCGACAAACGUGGAUGGGAAGGGGUACCUUCUCAAUGAACCUGGGGCCCAGCCCACCUCUAUCUAUGGAGACUUCACCUGCAAGGAGGAGCCGGAAGUUGACAGCCCUGCGGGAGAUAUUGGGCUCAGCCUACACCGUGUCUUCACAGAUCUGAAGAAUAUGGAUGCCCUCUGGCUGGACAAUCUGCUGCCCCCAGUCAGGGUGCCCUCCAUCCAAGCCAUUCCUUGUGCACCGUAGCUGGGCCUCUCAGCCUCCUUUCUCCCUAGGCAAACAAAACUUGGCAUCAUGGUGGCUAUGGUACAUAGAAGCUGGACUCCUGUGGGCCCCUCGACAUAGCAAAGUGUGACCCCACUGCUAAGCAGGGAUGGGACCUCUAUCUUUGGGUCAGUGGACUCUCAGAGGACCUGGCAGGCCAGGGUCUGGGUUUGCCUUGUGCUGUAAAGCUGGCCCUGCCUCCUGAGAAUUAGGGGUUGAGGUUCAGAGAUUGGUGUGUCAGGUGGACUUGGACAGAAGUUGGCCUUCAUAUUUUCUCUGUGAUCCCAGCUGCCUGGAGAGGGUCUCUCUGUCACUGAGUGGCCCUGCGGGGAACAGAUCAGUGACCUCAGAAGAGAAUAGCGCCAACUCCAGGGCUGGCUCUGCACUAAGAGACAAUUGCACUAAGUGAAUCUAUUCCCAAAGAACCCCCUCCCUUCCCAGUUGAGCCCUGGGGACUGUUCCAAAGCCAGUGAAAUGUGAAGGAAAAUUGGGGUCCUGUAGGGUGGUGUCCCUCAGCCUCAGAGGAGUGCUGCCCUGCUUCAUACUUCAGAUGAGGGGCUUGGGAAAAGACAUGGCACUUUUUCUUGUGGACCUUGCCACAUUUCUUAUCAGAAGUGUACACUAAUGUUUUCCCCAAGCUCUUGGCCUUCGCAUUUAUUUAUACAGUGCCUUGCCGUGUGCCCACCACCCCCCUCAGGCCCUGGAAGCUCUCAGCAGGUCCAGGCAGGGAAGUGUGAGCGUCUUGGUAUGACUUAAAAUUGGAAAUGCCAUCUAGCCAUUAAGUCAUGUGAGAUCACAUGUAGACAUGUUUAUAAAUAUGUAUAUAUUUGUCUUUUUAUAAAAAGUUAAUUGUUUAUGA